CUGUGUGCCGGUUUUGUAUGCAGGUUAUAUAGCCUUGAAUUGCGCGGUACUAAUAUUAGUUUUGAUGAAAAUAUUUCAUUAUUUUUGGUAUUUUUAGCUUUUUACUUUAGCCAAACUAUGUUUUCUUUACUCAAAUUGAAACAUACUAAAACAUUAAUAGUUGUGAAAUCUACUAGUCUAAUUAAAAAGAAAAAAGAUUAUUUGAUAAAAUUAGACAAUGGAAACGAUGGGUUGGAAUAUUUCUUUGUAAAUCGGAUGAAAGACACACUCUUAUAGAAAUAAAAAGAACAUAGAUACCAACUCACCAAAAAUUCUAAUAAAGGAUGUUAACAAAGGGUCAAGUGACCAAUGUGAAAAUAAUGAAACUACUGGUAAUGAGCCAAUUAAUAUAACAAAUAAUGACAAAUGUGCUUCCAAUGCAGACACAAUAAAUCAAUUUCAUAUUCAACAUGAGGAAUCAAAUACUAUAGUAAACUCAUAUUUAGAUUUGGAUGUGAAGUCCGAUUUUCACAAUGAUAAAUUACAGAGCAAUGUUAUAACUAAUGAAAAUUUACAAAGUCAUACAUUAGAUAAAACUAAAUCUUCUAAAACCUAUCCUCGAAUUAUAGAAGACAAGAAAUGCAAAAUAAAUAUGACUAUUUUAUCAAAAAGUAGUGACACAACAGCAAAUAGUUCAUGUAAUACAUCUAUUCUGGGGAAUUUGGAACUUUCUGAUGUAAAUCUUUCUGAUGUAAAUGUUUCUGAUAUGAAUGGAAUAGACAUAAAUAAUUUUGAAAAUUGUGGUACAAAUUUAAAUAAUAAUAAUGGAGAAGAAAUGAUUCACGAAGUACUAGCUGAAAAUAAAUCCACGUUUACAUCUAUCACUGAAAAUACUGAACUGGACAGCACUAUAGUACCAUUUUGUGAUUUAAACGGAGUUAAGAAUUCUUCUAUAAACAACGAUAUAAAUAACAAUGACAAUAAAUUAUAUUGCAGUAACUCACAAAUUGAAAAUGUCUCGCAAAAUACAGAUUUUGAGAAAAAUAAAAUUUCUAAUGUAAGCGAUAAAGAUUCAGAUUAUGAACCAUCUAUUCAGAGUUCAAAUGAUACUGAUAUUGAACAUACUGAUAUUGAAAUAAAUGAUGAUUUAGAAAUUGCAAAUAAUGAAUCUAGCAUAUUAGCAAAUUCUUCAGAAAAUGCAAACGAAAAAAAUAUGUUAGAAAAAGAAAUAGAAACAUGCAAAGAUGAUGAAUUAUUUGUAGAAUUGUCUCAAGGGCCCAAAGGAGAUAAAAAAUAUAAUUUUUGCUUUUACUGCAAUACUAUGCAAAGUAAAAUUGCUCGGCACCUAGAAUUAAAACAUAAAAAUGAAGAAGAAGUAAAAAUGUUUUUAUUACUUCCAAAAAAAUCUAGAGAGCGAAGAGAUGCAAUUAGUCAAAUAAGAAAAAGAGGCAAUUUUAAAUAUAAUACACAGGCAGAUUUAAAUAACGGUUCCAUGAUUGUUGUAAGAAGACCUACUAAAGAAGAGAAGCAAUGUGGUUCUUAUUUUUUACCAUGUUCUAAGUGUAGAGGACAUUAUGCAAUACAUAAUCUCAGGCAUCAUUAUCGCAUUUGUGCUAAGAAGAAAGAUACAACUCGAAAUGUAUUAAAAUUAGCACGAAGCGCUGCACAAUCUGUUCAUAAUCGUGCAAGCCAUAAAUUAAGAAAGGACAUUCUUCCUGUCAUGCGAAAUGACAAUAUUUAUAAAUUAAUAAAGUACGAUUUAUUAAUUAUACUAUACGGAAAUUACCUCUGUCAAAUUCAUAGAUUGCAGCAUUUAGGAGACCACAUACGACAACAAUUACGACUUCUUGGACGAUAUUUAGAAGUAUUAAAAUCAAUAGAACCGGCAAUACAAGAAUUACAAAUGCUAUUUGACCCGAAAUAUUAUGAUAUUGCUAUAAAAGCAGUAAAUAUAAUUGCUAAAUAUAAUGAAGACACAGAAUCAUAUGAUAUACCAUAUAAUGCUACAGCUAUGGGCACAUGUUUAAAAAAAUUAUGUAAGAUCUUAAUCAACGAAUUUAUUAAACAACAUGAAUACGAAAAACAAAAAUCAGCAAAAAAUUUUCUAAAGAUUUUAGAAGUCGAAUAUGGUAGUACCGUUAAUAAAACAGUUACAGAAAUACAGACUAGAAACAGUCGAAAGAAAAAAGUUAAUCUUCCGAAAACAUCAGAUAUCAAAAAGUUAACCAAUUAUUUAGAAGAAAUAAGAGUAUCUAGCAUGCGAGAAAUAAAAAUAAAUUCACGUUUUGUGCUUGGAAAUCACUUGCUGAAGCAAUAUUAA